UUUUUCCUUUCCCUAUCUUAAGAAUUAAUUUGCUCUUAGCCUUAGAUUUUUUUAAUUUUUUUUCCUCUUUGAUUUCGAUUUUCAUCUUCCCCGAUUCGGAUUAGGGUUCUUGUUCAAUUUGCUCAUUUGCUCUAAUGGUGUAAUGUGAGAAAAGUUCGUUAUGUUAAAGAGGCACUCUAACGCCAUUCUCUACAGAAUCGCACGAUUCGAUUCACAAACCCUAAUGUCUGCUUAUACCGAUCCCCUUUUUGUGCGAUCGCUCUACACUCGAUCCAUCGGCAACAGAUUGGAUGGAGAUAUCGUUAACAGAAUCAACCCCAUUGAUAUUUACAGCAACAACACUGGCGCUAAUGGCUUGUUCAAGGUUAAUAGAGGCGGGAAGCCCAAUGGCUUAACCUUGAGAAGCUGUUACGAUUCUCACAAGAAGGCCGAUCAAAAGGCGCGAGCUUUAGCUCAGCAUCGGCGGCUUCUCCGUGGUUUGGGAUCUGGGCCGACGGAAGAACGCGGCGGCGGAACCACCGACUUAGCGGAUGGUCGUGGUUCAUAUCUGCGUAGUAACACGACGAGGUUCCAAGGAAAUGAUAAGAUUGCUGUGGCUGUUGACAUAGAUGAGGUUCUUGGAAACUUUGUCUCGGCCCUUAACAGGUUCAUCGCGGACCGCUAUUUGUCAAACCAUUCAGUCUCAGAAUACCAUGUCUACGAGUUCUUCAAGAUAUGGAACUGCUCUCGUAACGAAGCUGACAUACGUGUUCAUGAAUUCUUUAAGACAUCAUAUUUCAAGAAAGGGAUCCAUCCUCUUCCAGGUGCCCAUAAGACUCUUCACAAGCUAUCAAGAUAUUGCGAGCUUUCAGUCGUGACGUCCCGGCAGAAUGUGAUAAAAGAUCACACACUUAAGUGGAUCGACAUACAUUUCCCGGGAAUGUUUAAACAGAUUCAUUUCGGGAACCAUUUUGCUCUUCAUGGGGAGUCUAAACCCAAGUCUGAAAUCUGCAGAUCAUUUGGAGCAGAGAUAUUGAUUGACGAUAACCCGAGAUAUGCCGAGGAAUGCGCCAACAUUGGAAUGAAGGUUCUCCUCUUUGACUAUGAAAAUUCAUACCCUUGGUCUAAAUCUGAAUCUGUGGAUAGACAUCCCUUGGUGACUAGAGUUCAUAAUUGGGAAGAGGUGGAGCAGCAUAUUCUCUCAUGGGUAGUAUCAAAGUGUUGAACCAUUUCUGCAAAUUAAAAAUGUCAUUUUGCCGGUGCAAAAUUAUAGUAUUGAUGAUUAGAGAGGGUCAUUGUAUUGUAUAAACAUGAAAGAAAGCAAACAAACCCACCAAGCUUGAUGGGAGAAUAAGUAGCAAACCGGAAUCGAAUUAGAUGUUUUCACUUUUAA